GCGAAACCAUACCUUCAUCAUUUUGCAAUAGCUAAAUGUUCAAGGCGUUCUCUUAAAAAUGGGAAAGAUUUACCAGAUCAUGGUGGUUGGAAUAAAAGGGGAGAAAAAAACUAUUGAUGUAGCGAAUUCUGAGGAAGAAUUCAACAAAAUGACUGUUUUGGAAUUCAAAAAGAAAGUUGCAGAAAAAUUGCCGGGUCAAGCAGGGGAUGAUCCAUCGUCUCUGAGACUGCUCUACACAGAUAAACAGCUAGAUGACAAAGACACGUUUUCAGACCACCAAAUUAAGGACCGCUCCACUCUCUUCCUGGUCUUGCGUCUACCCGGAGGAUUACAAACAUCAUGAUGAGUCUGAGUCUGACGGAAACAAGUCCACUUUUUCUUCACCUCCACAUUUGUUGUCAAACGAAUCCACUUGCUCUUCACAAAGCUAUUAUAAUGAAGACAAUAAGGCAUGAUUUUUCUGUUAGCGAUUCAAGGGGACUGUUCAUUAGAUCUUCUGUAAAGCUGCUUUGAAACGAUGUGUAUUUUGAAAAGUGUUAAAUAAAAAUGACUUGCCUUUGGAAGGAAUGGGUCGCUGGGGAAUAAAACGACAACUUUG